UGUAAACGCCAGCGAUCAACAUGGAUGAUAACAAGGGUAGUAGUAGAGGCAGUAAUGUCCUCACAGGUCGGUGAACAAAAGAUUAUCGCAGGUCGCUGAAGAAAAAGCACUUUCUUUAUGUUGGUAGAAUACUAGAUCUAGAGAAAAGUAAGCGCGUUCACACUGUUGCUGCAUCCCACUGUAAGUACAACUCUGUAUUCCGUUUUCUGCGUCGUUAUCAAGCCAUCAUCAGCUUCGGCUUCAAUCAAUUUUGAAACUCUGAUGUGAUGAUCCAGAAAAGCCACCCAUGUUGCAAAGCACGACGCAGAACCUCCCAAACCGGCUCCGGGACCGGGACCGGGUGCUAGCUGAACUUGGGCUGCCGGAGUUCCUGAAACCAGAGGACUUCUACCUUUCCUCAGCGGCUUCUACUUCCACUAGAGAUUUUUGUUCCACUUCCAGCCGCCCAAAGAACUCUCGCGCUCGUUUCUCGCUCUACCUGCAAUGCGGCGACUUCGACAUAGACCUAAGAACCAUGAAAGAGACUCCGAAGACACUGGUGUCCGAGAAAGGCUACCGCCGCAUUGUUUUCGGUGACCACGUAUGGAUUGCAAAAAUGUCUGGGUCUGGAAGAUUGUCAGACUUGUCAUGCAGGUUUUCCAUGAUCCAUGAAGUCUGGCAUGUAGGACAUGGCUGCAUGACAGAGUCUGCGAGACCUUUCUAAUGCCUAUCCUGCGUGAGAAACUGCCUCUCGAUUAGGUCAAAAGUGCACAACUUUUGGCGAUCAUGCAGCACAGUUUUUUGCCUGAUUCAGAUUUAGCAUGACAAGUUCCAUCCUCCCAGACCUAGACGUAUUUGCAUUUGAUACCACGGGCCCUAUCUGGAAUUCACGGCGGAGCAGAUCCAUCUCCCGAGCUUUCCCUUCGUCCGCCGGAAGCCACACCACGCUUUCUACGAUGAGCACUGGUUUAUGCAAGACAAGUUCCUGAAGUCCUGCUUAUUUUUGUCGAAUCGUGAGAAGAACAAAAGUGUUGAGAGGACCUCCGCAUCAAGGUCUUCUGGAACAAGAAAAGCGACUCAGAAUGAUCUGACGGACGCGGAGUGGGCCGCGAUUGACGAUCACGCAGCAAAGGCUAUUGCAGCGGAAGAAAUUAUGCGACCAGACACUGUACGACCCGCAGACCGGCGCGUGGUCGCACUAUCGCCUCCAAGGUCGUUUUUAAUACGCGAGCGCGAGUUUGCCUACCUCUACGCACAGAAACGGACCGUGGCGAGCAAGCCGAAUCCCCCGCACACCGGGAAGUUUUGGUGCGACAACGACAGACCAGAAGGGUAUGCCGAUUAUCAGGUGGGGUUUUUCUACCUAGAGUGCUCGAAGGAGGUGGUGUUGGUAUUGAGGGAUGAAGUUCAUUUUGAAACUAAGAAUAAGAAUCAGAAUGAGCAUCCAGAUCCACAUACGCAUCUUGAUCAUGUGGUGGAAGAUCAACAUAUCAGCACCAACGCACAGUCAUCUGCUUCGACUGCGACUUUCUUGACGCAAGAGCAGCUUCAAGAACAACAACAAUGCUCAUACGGUUCCGCUGAAAGUAGAACAAAGACUGCCACAGAAACGGUGGUGAAGAGUGGAGAAGAUAUGCCGAGAAAAGAAAAGCGUUCCAGAUGGAACCGUGGCAAAG